AUGAAUACUAGCGCAGCUGAGGAUGAUUGCAACUCUCUGUCACCUAUAGUAGACAAUGAAAGCCUAAGGAAGAAAAUACGUCUGGAUACAUCUACUCGUAAGACCUGGAACCUGUUGGACCGUAGUACUAACACAGACGUACUUCAAGAAAUGGGCGUAAGCUUACUGGAACCAGAUGAAAAUGAGCUGCUUUGUGAAGCAACCACCUCUCCUGCAAAAUCGCUGAAGCGAAAGCACGAUAUCGAGAACGUGAACCCAAAUAUAAACAGUGUGACGUCACCGAAGCCCCCUAGUCCGAAAUACGCAAGAACCAAAUUUAGUCCUAGCCCCAGUACUUCUAGGAUUAGUCCGUGGAGUACUGAGAAAGCGAGACCCCUUCAAGAAAUCUUUGAAACGUCCGUCCCAAACGAAUAUCUAGUUGAAGAGGAGACCCCAUUGUCCCAAAUCGGGGGCGAAUACCACACUGGGACGAAAUGCAGUGCCACAAGUACCGGUGGUAGGAAGCUCAGCGACACACAUAACCCCAUAAAGAGUGACCCGGGACCCUCAAACAGUGAUAGCCUGGGUUCAGAUACAUUCAGAACUCUCUCCGACGAAGUCAUACUCGGCGUGUUCAAAUGGCUGCCGAAGAGGACUCUGGCGCACUGUAUGCUUGUUUGCAAACGGUGGCAUAGAGUGGCCUGCGACGAGACACUAUGGCAAAGACUGGAUUUAGGAAAUAAAACCCUGUCAAAAGACUCUAUAGGAAGAAUUCUUAGCAGAAAACCCAUUAUUCUAAGACUGGCUAGUUCAGAGGUUGGCGAAUGGCGCCCACAGACACUCUCGCCGACCCGGGUUCAAUACCUGGACUUGAGUAUGUGCGCUAUAGACUGUCUAACACUUGAGAGCUUACUUGAACACUGUCCCAUGCUGAGGAAGCUAAGUGUCGAAAACUUGAGACUGAGCGGACGGGCUAUGGUUUUAAUAGGUAAAUGUAAAUAUAUGGAGACAUUGAAUUUGACGAUGUGUCAGGAUAUCAACGAAGAAGGUGCUAAGACAAUUUUGAAGGGUUGCUCGGGAUUACAAUCACUAAACAUAUCCUGGUGUAACUUGAGUGCGGACACGUUAGACGUCAUAGUCGAAUCGCUGCCACAGAAACUACAGAGGCUGAAUUUCAGUGGCGCCCGGCAGAUGACAAAUGAGAUGGUGGCAUCGCUAGUGGAACAAUGCCCUCGGUUACUGGAGUUGGAUCUAUCGGACUGUUCGCUGCUCGGAAGAAACGCGCUCAUCUCCUUACUGCCGCUGUCCCGGCUGGAGCAUUUAGCCCUCAGCAGAUGCUACUUGCUACCGCCACACACUCUUACGAAGCUCAGCAGUAUGACGGCCCUUCAAUAUUUGGAAGUAUGGGGGAUGCUACCCACCACUUCACUCAACGUGCUAAAAUCAACACUGCCAGCUAUACAAAUCAACCAAUUUAUGUUUAGUGCUAUCGCCCGUCCCACAGUUGGAACUAGGCGAACUUCAAUAUGGGGCUUAAGAACAAGAGACUGA